AUGGAUACUGUAUUGAAAAGAGGACUUCCAAAAUUGGUCACAAGUACUAGUACUAGUACUAGCACAACUAGUACCAGUAGCUCUAGUGUCAUUUCCACUAGCAAAACGACCAGUACCGUCACUGGUAGUUCAACAACUUUUACAAGCAUAUCUACUAGCAUGAUAACUAGCAGUUCUGCCAGCAGUAGUCUAAGCAGUAGUAGUACAACAAGUUACAGCCAUUCUGUAUGGAUCCCAUCAGCCACAAAUAACAAGUAUAUAAGAAUCCCUGAUAGGGUUGACGGCACUGUUUUCAUUGCAGUGGGGAGUUGUUUAGGUUUUGUAAUCGGUAUAAUUUUGAUACUUUGGAUGUUUUUAACAUUUAAAGCUUGGAGAAAUGCACGCAAAGAGAGUAAAAUACGAUUACUUGAAAACAAAUACAACCCAUACAUGGGCGAUCACUGGGGCAGCAUGGAGUCGAUUGAUUACUCGCACACACAAAAGAAACCAUUUGAUAUUGAGAGUGGAUCAUCGAUUGUAUCGAGUGAAAGUGAGAUGAUGGCUAGUUUUGUUGAAAAAGAGUAUAACUUGAGCCAUAAAAAAUCAGCAAUGUCAUUGAAUACCCUUUUCGUUUCACCAACGUCACAUAUCAUGGGGCCAACAUCUACAGUUGGCAGCACUACUACUACUAAUACUACGAAUAUAAUACCUACCAGUGUAAUAAAUCUGAAUAGCGGUGUCGGCGGUGCUGGUAUUGAAGGUAACAUCAAUAACAAGCCAUUUAGACCACCGUCAGUCCACUUGGAUGAGCUUCUAGACAAGGAGUUUGGCGAUGGAAAGUAG